AGUCUUGGGAGAAGAAGAGCGAAUAUAAAAUUUUGUAUAGAGACCCGGGGGAUCGGUGUCGGGAUACUAAAGUCGCGAGGGGAACGACUUGAACGAGACGCACUUGUUCAUAAAAUCGCGACUUUAUAGAAAAAAAAUUAUUUAAAAAAAAAAAACCCCAAAAAUAUUUAUAAAUAUCAAUUUUUUAUAUUUUUAAAUUAAUUAUUUAUUUAUUUAUUUUUAAAUAAUUUGUGUGAUUUUUAAAUUUGUGCGGUUUUUUAUUUUAAAUUUUUUACGAGUGUUGAGUUUUUGAAUUUGAACAAAAAAAAAAAAAGAGCGGGAUUUAAGGGAGAUUUAGAAAUUUUUUUGAAUUUUGAUUUUUUGCUUAUUUUUUUUUUCUGGAAGAAUGAAGAUUCCUUGAUUUAAAGUUUUUUUUUUUUCUUGAUUUUUUUGCGGCGGAGGAAUUCUAGCUGGCGUGGCUGAUGUGAAGAAACCGCCUCCACCUUCCCUUCUUAACUGAAUACGGUUCAUUGAGAGACCUCCCUGGAUGGGACUUUUCAUACAUGAUCGUUUCGGUCUUCGGCCGUGCUCAUAUUUUUGUGUUUCUUGUUACGUAUUAUCUUUUCUUCUUUGAUCGUCGAAGCAACACACUGGUUCAUAUUAACUAAUAUUUAUACAUAAAUAUAUUUAUAUAUUAAUAUAUUAAUAUUUCAAUUAUAUAAAUAUAACCCUUACGGUGAAAAAUCAUUUUGACGUUUGUUUUUUUUUUAAAUAAAAAUUUUUGUGACUCCCUGGUUAACAGGGAGCCACCGAGGGUGACUUAACAUGACCCGGUUGGGAUUGCGAUUCGUCGCAACCGUGGUCUGCUUGUCCGUGGUCGUCACAGGGCAAAAUAAUAGAUCGACUUGGAUACGACAUGGUCGAGUUCGAGGUCAAUAUGAUCGAGAAAGAGGAGACAUGACACCUCCUGAAUCUGUACAAACAUCUUGGAAUGAUGAAUCAUAUGAAGAACAACUGAGAAGAAAUAAUACAUAUGUCAAUCGAGGAGAGAGUGAUCCAUCUUAUAUAGAUCCAAAUUACCCGUAUGAGUCAGAAUCAGGUGGCACUGAAUAUAAUCAAAAUCAAAAUGGAUAUUAUGAAAAUCGUGGUGUUGGUGGUUCAGAUCGUUCAAACGAUAAUCAAGAAAGUUACAAUCAAAGAGGCUGGCGAACAGAUAGCCAAAAUAACUAUGGAAAUCGUCGUGGUGAAAAUCGUAAUGAUUCAAGUGGACAAGAAAAUUAUCAAGAUAGUUAUGCACAACAUCCACAUCCUGGUGGACCAUCAAAAGAUUGUAAAGGUGGUGGUUGUUGUGCACAAAAAUGUUAUGCUGAAAAAGGCUCACGUGGAAUACCUGGAAUUAUUGGUCCAGCUGGUCCAAAAGGUCAACGUGGUUUUCCCGGUACUGAAGGUUUGCUAGGACCAAAAGGUGAAAAAGGAGAUCCAGGACCACAAGGACCUCGAGGACUCAAAGGUGACAGAGGUAAAUUGGGUAUGCCAGGUUUUCCUGGUAUUAAUGGAAUUCCUGGAGUUCAAGGACCUCCAGGAGCUCCUGGUGUACCUGGUCGAGAUGGAUGUAAUGGAACUGAUGGUGAACCUGGUCGACAUGGUAUUCCUGGUGAACCUGGACCUCGUGGUUUUCGAGGUGUGCCAGGUCCAAAAGGACACAAAGGUCAACCGGCUUUCGCAGGAAAUUUUCCUACUGGUGAAAAAGGUGAACCAGGUGGUGAUGGAGUAAGAGGCCCACCUGGAACACCUGGUCCACAAGGUGAACGUGGUUUUCCUGGUGUUAAGGGUGAUCGUGGUCCUUAUGGAAUCCCAGGAGUUCCAGGUCAAAAAGGUGAAAAAGGUAAUAUGGGUGUUGCUUUUCAAGGAGACAGAGGUGACAAAGGACAAAAAGGAGAAAUAGGACCUGCAGGAGAGUCAAAAUCAUUGAUUCCAUUUUCGGGAACUUCCGACCGAAUUGGACCAACAGGAGAUCGAGGUCAAAAAGGAGAUAAAGGUGAUAAUGGACAAGAUGGAUUGAAAGGUGAUCCAGGUUUUAUGGGUGAUGCUGGUAUACCCGGUGGUCCUGGUGGUAAAGGAGAAAAAGGUCUUCCAGGUUCACCUGGUACUCGAGGGCGAGAUGGUUUUUCUGGACCUCCUGGUCCCCCAGGUCGUAAAGGAGAUCGUGGUAUUGAUGGAUUAAAAGGAUUAGAUGGUCGACCAGGUAAAAAAGGAGAUUCUGGAAAAGAUGGACCAAUGGGAGUGACGGGUCUACGUGGACCACCUGGACCACCAGGUGGUGGAAAAGGACAACCAGGGCCUCCUGGAGAAAAAGGACCAAGAGGUUUCCCCGGGCCUGUUGGACCUCGUGGUACAGAUGGUUAUCCAGGUGAUCCAGGACCAAGAGGACCUGUCGGUUUAGAAGGUGGACCCGGUUUACCUGGUAUUCCCGGACCUGAAGGCACACCCGGUGAAAAAGGUGGUAAAGGUGAGCCUGGUUUAACUGGAUUUCCUGGUGGAGUUGGGCCAAGAGGUUUUGAUGGACCACCAGGAGCUGUUGGACCAAGAGGGCCACAGGGUGAUAACGGAUUUUCGAUUAUUGGACCUAAAGGAAUGGAUGGUAUUCCUGGAGUUGACGGUGAGAAAGGACAAAAAGGUGAACGUGGUUACGGUGGAGUUCGAGGACGACCUGGAGACAGUCUUGAUGGUAUCCCUGGUACACCUGGAGCUCCUGGUCUUCCUGGUGAGCCUGGUUUAACUGGAAAAGAUGGAACACCCGGUGCACCCGGUGAACCCGGAGAAAAAGGAGAUAUUGGUGGUCGUUGUCAAGAUUGUCGCCCAGGUGUUAAUGGACAAAAAGGAGAACAUGGAUUUGAUGGUAUUCCCGGUCAGCCAGGGGCUCGAGGACCUCCCGGUGAAAGAGGCUUUCCUGGUGAAGCUGGUUUAGAUGGAUUACCAGGCCCAAUUGGACCUCCUGGUUUUCCUGGAAAAGACGGAAUAGAUGGAAGUCCAGGACCACAAGGUGAACCUGGAGUUGCUGCUAUUAUACAAGAAAGUAUGCUAAAAAUGGAAAAAGGUGACAAAGGUUUGCGUGGAGAAACUGGAAGACAAGGUCCUCCUGGACCUGAGGGACCUGCUGGUGAAAAAGGACGAGCUGGUUUUGAAGGAUUUCCAGGUCUCAAAGGACAACAGGGUGACCGAGGUUUUCCUGGUCAAGACGGAAGUUCAGGUAGACCAGGUGUACCUGGACGCAAAGGAGAUAAAGGAACAAGUAUCAAAGGUGAACCUGGAAUCCCUGGUUAUGCAGGAUUACUUGGAGAAAAAGGAGAUCCUGGUAAUGCUGGUGAACGAGGUGACCCUGGACAAUGUCCACCGUUGAACUUGAAAGAGGGUACUAAAGGUGACAGAGGUUUAAAUGGUGCUAAAGGUGAACCUGGAACACCAGGUAGUGUUGGAUGGCCAGGUGACAAAGGAGUUCAAGGAUUUCCAGGUCCACAAGGAGAAAAUGGUCAACCCGGACCUCCAGGCCCUGUUGGUCCACGUGGUUUACCAGGACCUAGAGGUGAAAAAGGAAAUGACGGUCCCAUGGGUUUUCCUGGUGAGCCAGGACGUGAUGGACCUCGUGGUUUUCCCGGACCAGCAGCUCCAAAAGGAGACAAAGGAGAUGCUGGAAUUUCUGUAAAAGGAAGUCAAGGUUUACAAGGCCCUCCAGGCGAAAAAGGCGAACGAGGAUUGCCUGGGCCUGUAGGAAAAGAUGGACUAGUUGGGUAUCCUGGUUUGCCUGGAUUUGCAGGUGAAAAAGGUGAUAUUGGAACCCCAGGAAUAAAUGGUUUACCAGGUGCACCUGGUGAUAAAGGAGAUACUGGUCCAAUUGGGCCUCCAGGUCCUACGGGUGUACCAGGAACAAGAGGAACUGAUGGUAGCAAGGGUGAACCUGGUAUCACAGGUGAACCUGGACGCUCUGGUCUUCCUGGAUUUCCUGGUACUAAAGGUGAUCGGGGUGAAGCUGGUAUAGAUGGUCCUAAAGGUUAUCCAGGACGCAGAGGUUUACCAGGAGUUGCUGGUAAACAAGGACUGGAUGGAUUGCCUGGUGCUAGAGGAGAACGUGGUGAUAAAGGCUCAGCUGGAUUCCCUGGAUUGCCAGGAAUAGAAGGUAAACCAGGACGAGUGGGACCACCUGGUCCUAAAGGUGAUCGUGGUUUCGAUGGACCAUCUGGCUUACCUGGACCUCAAGGAAUUGAUGGACCUAAGGGAGAUCGUGGAAUUUCUGGUUUUCCUGGAAAAAAAGGUGAACCAGGAGAUGUGUCAGAAAAAGGACAAAAAGGAGAACCUGGCAUGCCUGGUAUUCGAGGACAACAAGGGCUAUCUGGCAGAGAUGGUUUUGAUGGAGUUAAAGGUGAACCUGGCAGGCCUGGUUUAGCACGUGAUGGAAUUCCUGGUGCAAAGGGAGAAAUUGGAGUUCCAGGUUUAGAUGGACUGCCAGGAAUUCAAGGACCGAAAGGAGAUACUGGUGUUCAAGGUUUUGAAGGCUUAAAAGGAGAUGUUGGUUUCCCUGGUCUACCAGGUGAGCCUGGCAAGCCAGGUCUCGAUGGAUUGCCUGGGCAACCUGGAGAUAUUGGUCCUAUAGGUAUGCCAGGUUUUCCUGGUCUUGAUGGUGAAGUUGGUAGCCCUGGAAGACCUGGUUUGGAUGGAGUUAAAGGUGAACAUGGACCUCAAGGUUUAGAUGGAUUCCCAGGAGCUAUUGGACCAAUUGGAGAAAAAGGAGACCGUGGACCUCCUGGUGUGGCUGUGAAUAUUAAAGGAUCAAAAGGUGAGCCUGGUCCUCCUGGACUUCAUGGCUUGGAUGGAGAUAAAGGAGAUAUUGGUUUUGAUGGUCCUCCUGGAUAUGAUGGAGAAAAAGGAGAACGAGGAUUACCUGGUCCACUUGGAAAUCCAGGAAUGCCCGGAGCUCCCGGACCUAAAGGAGUUGUUGGUCCUGUUGGAUUAACUGGCGCUCCAGGUGCAACAGUAAAGGGUGAAAAAGGAUUACCUGGUUUACUUGGCAAACAUGGUCGUGAUGGAAUACCAGGAGCACCCGGUGAAAAAGGUGACGCAGGCUUUCCAGGUUUACCAGGUCAUAAAGGUGACACUGGACCAUGGGGUCCUCCUGGAUUGCCAGGUGAUAAAGGAGAUGCCGGUUUGAUGGGUCCUGAGGGACUUCCUGGACGUGAUGGAGCACCUGGGCAAUUGGGACCACCCGGAGUACCUGGUGAAAGAGGAAUCAAAGGAGAUCAAGGUCAACCUGGUCUUUUUGGAGCACCAGGACUAAAAGGAGAGCGUGGUCUUUCAGGGCCAGCUGGUUUAGAUGGAAUACCAGGUGAAAAAGGAGAUCAAGGCUAUGAUGGUUUACCUGGGCUACCAGGAGCUGACGGUGAAAAAGGAGAUCGUGGUUAUACAGGUCAAACAGGUUUAAUGGGUGCUAUUGGAUUCGUUGGAAUUAAGGGAGAAAAAGGAGAUGAUUGUCUGGAACCACCUAUGGGACCAAAGGGUGAUCGAGGAUUCCCCGGUCCAAUUGGUGCACCAGGAUUUCCUGGUGAAAAAGGUUCGACUGGAGCACCAGGUUUUCCAGGUCAACCUGGGCCAAAAGGAAACCCCGGCUAUGAUGGUGCACCAGGACCCGUUGGAUUACCUGGACUUGCUGGUCCAAUUGGACCACCUGGUUUAUUAGGUUUACAAGGACCACCUGGUGUACCUGGGCUUAAAGGAGAAGCUGGUGCAUCUUGUGAACAAUCAUCUGAUUAUCUCACUGGAAUAUUACUGGUCAGGCAUAGUCAAAGUCAAUCAGUACCAGUUUGUGAGUCAGGACAUAUUAAAUUGUGGGAAGGCUACAGUCUUCUUUAUACAGAUGGUGAUGAAAGAGCACAUUCACAAGACUUAGGUUAUGCUGGCUCGUGUGUAAGGAAAUUCUCAACAAUGCCUUUCCUAUUUUGCGACGUCAAUAACGUGUGCCAUUAUGCCAGUCGAAAUGAUCGCUCUUAUUGGUUAUCAACUACCAGUCCUAUUCCUAUGAUGCCUGUUGAAGAAGCUGGCAUUGAAGAGUACAUCUCUAGAUGUGUCGUUUGUGAAGUUCCUGCAAAUGUUCUUGCUGUACACAGUCAAUCAUUGGAUAUUCCAAAUUGUCCAAAUGGAUGGUCAGGAAUGUGGAUAGGCUACAGUUUCGUUAUGCACACUGGUGCUGGAGCACAAGGUGGUGGCCAGUCAUUAUCUAGUCCUGGUUCCUGUCUGGAAGAUUUCCGUGCAACACCAUUUAUCGAAUGUAAUGGUGGUAAAGGACACUGUCAUUAUUAUGCCAAUGAACUUAGUUUUUGGAUGGCAACAAUUGAAGAUCGACAACAAUUCCAGAGACCCGAAAAACAAACAUUAAAAGCUGGUAACCUAAGAACGCGUAUAAGUCGAUGCCAAGUUUGUAUAAAAAAUACGUAAAGUGAAAUUAUAUUUUUUUAAAAUUUAAUAACAAAAAAAGAAUAUAGUAAAAAAAAACUUGAUUUAAAUAAUAAUAAUAAAUAUAAUAAAAUAAAUAUUAUAGUAUGUUGCAAUGAAGACAGUCGAUAUGAUAAAAAAAAAAAAAAUUGAAAUCUUUUUUUUUAAUUUUUUUACUCUUCAAUAUUUAAUUUUUACUGCCACAAUUGCAAUGCUAUUUUUCGAUGAUAUUUUUUGUCAUUAAAAAAUAAUAAUUAACCAAGAUAUUGGUCCAGUGAUUUCAUCUAAUUUUUUUUUUCUAUUUUCGUAGCUCUUUUACUAUUUUUCGACUGUCUUGAGAUUUUUUUCUAUAAUACUUUUUUUUUUCUCUCGUCGUAUUUCUUUUCACUUUAAAUUUGCGUUUUAAAUUUUUAUAUAUAAAUAUAUUUUUUUUUUAUAUAUAAAUACGCAACUAUAAGUGUUUAGCAAUUACAAUUUAGCA